AUGUUACUGUCAAGUAGAGGUCAAACAGGAGUUAGCCUCUCUCCACACAAACACAUACUCCAGCUACAGGAUGAUCAUAUACUCCCCAGUAGUUAUACCAGAGGGAUACCUGGUUUACCACCUCUGCCUCCAGAUUUCAUUGAAGGAGCUUCAGUUCUGUAUCAGAUUGUCCUUCAAAACAGCCAAGUUCCUCCCAUAAUGCAAGACAUUUCAUGGCCCUUGGCAAUUCCAUACAAAGAGCAACGCUAUUUCAGAAGCCCAAGCGAAUCAAUCGCCAACAACUACACGCCGUCGGCAAACAACAUGAAAAUAAAAGAUUUACAAAAGAAAUUCUCGAUUCCUAAGGAACCCAAAGUGAUUUCGUCCUGCAUACCUCAGAAUCAACCCCAUUUUCAUAGAAGUCGACCAAUGACCCCAAUGGAGCAGAUGAAUAUAAUCAUCGAACAGGAAGAAGAGAUCGAAGAAAUAAAAGGAAGCCCCUCUCGAAGAGAUUAUGAGAGAUACCUUCAUUACAUUGAACACGGAAUCCAAAAUCACAUGCUGGAACCACAAGACCCAGAACAGAUCAAUCGAAUACAAAAACUUUUAUCGAACGAACUGAAAACUGUGGCUUCCUUGCAGGAAUUGCGUACUGAGUUGAUUGAAGAAAUUCACAAUGAUUACGUUUACAGCCUUAGGAAAAGCAUUGUUGACUACAUCCUAAAGGAUCCUUCUGAAAGAAUGAGGCUUUUUGUUUGUUGCAUCCCUCGCUCUUUCCCUCGUAGAAUAAUUCGUGCCCCAGUCCCUUGGCACCAAACCUACAAUGAAGCUAAGACAUGGAACGGAUAUCAUCUCUUCAGUAUCAAUCCAACAAUGCUUUACCUACAGGAUCUCUGGUUUUCACAGUUUAGUAACGUGCGUUUUAUUCAACUCGAUGAAUUGCGUGUGGCCAGUCUGCCGCUGCUUCCUGAGGAGUUUGAAACCCUUAUUCAAAAUCAGUGUUUGGAGGCUCGAAAUAUCUUUCAAGACAGGUGGCUACCAGCCUGUGCUUCUGUUUUCCUCGCCCAUAAAGAAAACUGGAUGCAUCUGGUGCCUCUGAACGACUGCGAUUCUACUCAGCAAGUCAGAGAGUUCUUUGCGUGCGCCGCCUCUCUCAUGUCCCUGCAACUCAGGGAGGCCGUGAUCAGCUCUCUGCAGGAUCUCCUCUCGUUUUUCUCAGUGCACAAGACCGGGAAUGAUUUUGGAAAGGAAUACAACGAACUACUAUACGUCUUUCCCCAAAUCAUGAUCAUCAAACUGAGAGUGGAGGAACCGAAAAUUGUCUUUGAACCAAACCUGAACGAAUGCUGGGAUCUGAUCAAAAGAGCCUUCAUGGAAAUCCUAACCAACGCUGAGGGAAUCCCCAGGGUGGAAUGUGAACUCUUCCCAGAAAUUCCGGGUGAAAAACUUGUACUUCGUACAGUAAGAGCAGAGGAAUUUCUUGUCAGUGAUUUUGUCAACAAAGCCUUGGAAACGUUUCAUGUAAAUACCAUCGGUCCUCAAAAAUAUCUCAACGUGUACAAAAUCUACAACUCUCUUUUGAACAAUGUGGCUGAGCAAGAUAUUGAUAAUUUUCUGAAGGAGAAACAUUCCUUGGAAGCAUUUGUAAAGAAAAUCGAGAGUUUACAGAACCUGAGGAAUGAAAUAGCUUCAAUGCAUAUUACCAUCCCGCUCGCUAUGUUUUGCCUUGACGCUGUUAACCUGAACGCAGACCUCUGCUCUCGUGCUGAGAAACUGAAGGAGCGUUUAAUCCAUUCUGUGGUGGAGGAAAAUCGUAAUCUUAAUAACAGUAUAUGUCAGCGUUAUGACGAGAUCGCCAAUCGUAUCAGUGAAAUACCAGAGACCACAGAAGAGCUGGUCAUUCUUGACCAAUUCCUGAAGAAAGCCAGCGAGGUCACUGUGUACAAGCUGAAAGAUGAAAUCUAUGAAGCGGCAGAGAGACUGGAUUUCCUCCUGGACUACGCAACACUAGUGUAUGAAGAUAUCAAGCUGAAUAGUCAGGUGUUUCAUUGGCCGGAACAAAUCUACAAUCUGCUCGACUUCCACCGCAGCCGUUUGAUGAACAGGAGGGAUCACGCAGAGGAGGAACUGAGGAAACAAAUCAAAGAAUUCGAGAAGAAGCUUGUCAUGUACAGCAAAGAAGUUGAUAGCUUCAAGAAAAAAGAAGUUGUAACCACUGAGGAAAUGAGGAACAAUGUGGAAAAACUCAGCGAAUUGACUAAGAAUCUGGAUACAGCCUUGGAAGAGCUAGAGGCCAUCAAUCGAGAGGAGGAGCUGCUGGAGCACCAGCUGACCCAUUUCCCUAUGCUCCUGACCACCAUCAGCAACAAGCAACCUUAUGAUCAGCUGUGGAAGACAGCAUAUAACUUCUACACCAAAUCAGAAAUGUGGCUGAAUGGACCAUUUCAAAACUUAAACGCCGAAGAAAUUACCGAAGAGGUGGCCACAAUGUGGAGAACAAUGUAUAAACUGACAAAGACAUUCGCUGACCAGGCUGGGCCCAAACGGGUAGCAGAGAAUGCUAAACUUAAAAUUGAGAAAUUUAAGCCACACUUACCAAUUCUCUCUACCAUCUGCAAUCCUGGGAUCAAGGAACGACACUGGGAACAGAUCAGCGUCGUUGUUGGGCAAGACGUCAAGCCUACUGCAAACACCACCUUGAUGGACAUGUUGGAAAUUGGAUUUGCCAACUUCAACGCACAACUGGAGGAGAUUGGAGUAGCAGCAACCAAAGAGUAUUCGCUGGAGAAAUCUCUUGAAAAGAUGAAGUCCGAAUGGGUGGACCUCACCUUCAAUUUCACCAAAUACCGAGAGACUAACAUCAGCAUUCUGUCUGCGGUAGAUGAUAUCCAAAUGCUACUGGAUGAUCAUAUCAUCAAAACACAGACUAUGUGUGGAUCCCCGUUCAUCAAAGCAAUUGAAGUAGAGUGUAAGCAAUGGGAGGUGAAAAUCACCAUGAUGCAGAACAUUUUAGAUUCCUGGUUAAAGUGCCAGGCCACCUGGCUGUACCUGGAGCCGAUCUUCAGCUCUGAGGACAUCAUCGCUCAGAUGCCCGACGAAGGUCGGAAGUUUGGCAUUGUGGACAGGUACUGGAAAGAUAUCAUGACAGAAGCGGUGAAAGAUACACGGGUUUUGGUAGCGACAGAUCAGCCAAACAUGUUUGAAAGGCUUCAGGAGUCGAACGUACUUUUAGACGAGAUCCAGAAAGGACUCAAUUUAUACCUGGAGAAGAAAAGACUUUAUUUCCCAAGGUUCUUCUUCUUGUCCAACGAUGAGCUGUUGGAGAUUCUCUCGGAAACCAAGGACCCGCUUCGAGUUCAGCCCCAUCUGAAAAAGUGCUUUGAAGGAAUAGCAAAGCUUGAGUUCACUGAUCAGCUCGAGAUAACGGGCAUGAUCAGCUCCGAGAAGGAAACUGUACCGUUUGUUAAGAAAAUCUUUCCAGCAAGAGCAAAGGGGAUGGUGGAAAAAUGGCUGCUGCAGGUUGAGGGGAUGAUGCUUGACAGUGUGAAGCACGUCCUUCAGCAAGGUGUGGGGAAUUAUGUUCAGGUUCAUCGUAAGAAAUGGGUUCUCCAUUGGCCUGGACAGGUGGUGAUCUGUGUGUCUACAAUCUACUGGACCAGUGAGGUCUCCGAAGCGAUCAGGGACGGGAAGCUAACAGACUAUCUGAAGAAAAGCAACGAACAGAUCAGUGACAUCGUGGAGCUGGUGCGAGGGAAGCUGUCCGGUGGAGCACGGCUGACUCUCGGAGCACUUACUGUUAUUGACGUACACGCUCGUGACGUGGUGGCUCUCCUCAAAGAGGAACACAUCUCAAACCUGAACGAUUUCCAGUGGAUUUCCCAGCUGAGAUAUUACUGGGAGGAGAACGAUGUGUCUGUGCGCAUGAUCACAACAGAGCUGAAAUAUGGCUAUGAGUAUUUGGGCAAUUCUGCACGGCUUGUCAUUACGCCUCUCACUGAUAGAUGCUACAGGACCUUGAUGGGGGCCUUAAAGUUAAGUCUCGGGGGUGCCCCAGAGGGUCCCGCAGGAACUGGCAAAACAGAAACAACAAAAGAUUUGGCAAAAGCUGUAGCCAAGCAGUGCGUCGUUUUCAACUGCUCAGAUGGGCUCGAUUAUAAAGCCAUGGGGAAAUUUUUCAAAGGCCUGGCACAAGCGGGAGCUUGGGCUUGCUUUGACGAGUUCAACAGAAUCGAGGUUGAGGUGCUGUCUGUAGUUGCACAACAGAUUCUCAGCAUUCAACAAGCUAUUCUUCGCAAACUCAAGAGAUUCAAUUUUGAGGGCACGGAGCUUGCUUUAAACCCCACAUGUUCAGUCUUUAUUACCAUGAAUCCCGGCUAUGCUGGCAGAGCUGAACUCCCCGACAAUUUGAAGGCUCUGUUCCGGACAGUCGCUAUGAUGGUGCCAGACUACGCUCUGAUCGGUGAAAUUUCUCUUUACUCAAUGGGAUUUAUAGACUCCCGAAGCCUUGCCCAGAAGAUUGUAGCUACCUACCGGCUGUGCUCGGAGCAGCUCUCAUCGCAGCAUCACUACGACUAUGGAAUGCGAGCGGUCAAAUCCGUCCUGACUGCAGCCGGCAACCUGAAGCUGAAGUACCAGCAAGAGAACGAGAGCGUCUUGUUGCUGCGAGCCCUGUUGGACGUCAACUUGGCCAAGUUUUUGGCCCAGGAUGUGCCUCUGUUUCAGGGCAUCAUAUCUGACCUGUUCCCUGGUGUGGUGCUGCCCGAACCAGAUUAUGAGGUCUUCCUCGAGGCUCUGAAUGCAAAUAUCAAGAAGUUGAAGCUUCAACCUGUUCCGUGGUUUAUCGGGAAGAUCAUUCAGAUUUAUGAGAUGAUGAUGGUGCGUCAUGGAUUUAUGAUCGUCGGGGAUCCAUUGAGUGGUAAAUCCUCUGCCUACAAAGUUUUGGCUGGAGCCCUCGGUGAUCUGUUUGCAGGUGGGCUAAUGGAGGAGUUUGCGGUUCAAUAUCGGGUAAUAAAUCCCAAGUCUAUCACCAUGGGGCAGCUGUACGGCUUCUUUGACCCUGUAAGCCACGAGUGGACAGACGGAGUCCUCGCCACCACCUUCCGUGAACAGGCGGUGUCUGUCUCUGAGAAGCGCAAGUGGAUUAUAUUUGACGGACCCGUCGACGCUGUCUGGAUCGAAAAUAUGAACACCGUGCUGGACGAUAACAAGAAAUUAUGCCUGAUGAGCGGUGAGAUUAUCCAGAUGAGUUCCAAAAUGAGUUUAAUCUUUGAGCCGGCUGACCUGGAGCAGGCCUCUCCCGCCACUGUCAGCAGAUGUGGCAUGAUUUACAUGGAGCCCCACCAGUUGGGUUGGUUACCUCUGAAGAAUUCGUACAUGGACACUUUACCACAGUCUCUCACCCCUGAACACAAAGAACUGAUCAACGACAUGUUCCACUGGCUGAUGGCACCUUGCUUGGAAUUCAUCCGACUAAAUUGCAAGUUCUUUGUGAAGACAUCUCCCAUCCACCUCGCCUACACGAUGAUGCGUCUUUACACCAGCUUAAUGGAUGAAAUCGCUGAAUCGGGAAAGGAGGAGAAGGAGAGCAUGUCGAGCCAGCAGAUUACCCUGUGGCUGCAGGGUCUGUUCCUCUUUGUUAUGGUGUGGGCUGUGGCCUCAACAAUCACCGGGGACAGUCGCAAGAAAUUUGACGUUUUCUACCGUAACCUGAUUUUGGGGAUGGACGACAAUAAUCCCCGGCCAAAGAGCGUGAAACUUACCAAGAACAACAUCUUUCCCGAAAGAGGGAGUGUCUACGACUAUUAUUUCCACAAGCAAGCCAGCGGGCAGUGGAACACGUGGACUGAUUACAUCAGCAAGGAAUCGGAGGCCAUCCCCACCAAUGCAAAGGUUUCAGAUCUCAUUAUCCCGACCAUGGAAACAGCUAGGCAGAGUUUCUUCUUAAACACCUACGUAAAACACAAAAUAUCUAUGCUGUUUGUGGGCCCCACUGGCACAGGAAAAUCUGCCAUGACGAACAAAUUCCUCAUGCUCCUGCCCAAAGAGAAGUAUAUUCCCAACUGUAUCAAUCUCUCUGCCAGAACGUCCGCAAAUCAAACCCAGGACAUUAUCAUGUCCAAGCUGGACAGGAGAAGGAAGGGAAUCUAUGGCCCACCUUUGGGAAAGGAAUCCAUUGUGUUUGUAGACGAUCUGAACAUGCCUGCAAAAGAGAUCUAUGGAGCGCAGCCACCGAUCGAGCUCCUUCGACAGUGGCUGGACCAGGGCCACUGGUACGAUAGGAAAGACACAUCAAAGCUUCACAUUGUGGAUGUGUUGUUCCUGUCAGCAAUGGGGCCGCCUGGUGGUGGCAGGAAUGACAUAACUGGCCGCUUCACUCGCCAUCUGAACAUAAUCUCCAUCGAUUCAUUUGACGAUGAUACGAUGGUAAAGAUCUUUACUUCCAUCACAGACUGGCACUUUAACCAAGGGUUUGAUGCCACCUUUAUCCGAUUGGGUAAGAUACUGGUGCAAGCUACCAUGUCGGUUUACAAGGCUGCUAUGGACAAUUUCCUCCCAACUCCUUCCAAAUCCCAUUAUGUGUUCAAUCUGCGAGAUUUCUCUCGAGUCAUCAGAGGGGUGCUGCUCUGUCCGGGAACCCAUCUUCAGGAGGGAGAGAAACUAAUCCGUCUCUGGAUUCAUGAAGUUUACAGAGUCUUUUAUGACCGGUUGAUUGAGGAGCAGGACCGAGAAGUCUUCUUCCAAAUAAUUAAAGAAACCACAUCGAGUUGCUUCAAACAAUCUGUGGACAAGGUUUUAAGCCAUUUGACUCCAUCAGGGAAAGUGACCGAUGAAAAUAUUCGCAGCCUGUUCUUCGGAGAUUACCUGAACCCAGAUGCUAACGUGAAGGCCUACGACGAGAUUAUGGACCUAAAGCAACUUACAUCGAUCAUGGAAUUCUACCUGUCCGAGUUCAACAAUGUUAGCAGAACUCCAAUGUCCUUGGUCAUGUUUAAGUUUGCCAUCGAACACGUCUCCCGAAUAUGCCGAGUGCUUAAGCAGGACAAUGGUCACCUGCUUCUGGUUGGCAUCGGUGGCACGGGCAGGCAGAGCGCUUCGAAACUGGCCACCUUCAUGAACGACUUCAACCUCUUCCAGAUUGAGAUCACGAAGAGCUACGGCAAGAACGAAUGGCGCGACGAUCUCAAACGCAUCAUGAUAAAGACCGGCGUGGAGUCCAAACCCACCGUCUUUCUGUUCAGCGACAGUCAGAUCAAAGAUGAAUCCUACGUGGAAGACAUCAACAUGCUGCUGAACACAGGAGACAUCCCAAACAUCUUCCCAGCCGACGAGAAGGCAGAGAUUCUCGAAAAGAUGCAAGGCGUGGCCAGAGCAGAAGGGAAGAGAAUUGAAGCCAGUCCACUUGCACUGUAUAAUUUCUUCAUUGAAAAAGUACGAACUAAUCUGCACAUUGUGUUAGCCAUGAGUCCAAUCGGAGAUGCCUUUCGGAAUCGUUUACGAAUGUUUCCGUCGCUUAUAAAUUGCUGCACCAUUGACUGGUUCCAAGACUGGCCAAGAGAUGCUUUAGAAAUGGUGGCAUAUAAAUUUUUGGAAGAUGUAGACUUGGAGUACGAUGUCAGGAAAGAAGUUGUUUCAUUGUGCAAGUAUUUUCAAAUGAGUGCAAGGAAGCUUUCAGAAAAGUAUUUUUCUACUUUGCGGAGACCUAACUAUGUGACACCGACCUCCUAUCUGGAGUUAAUUAUGACUUUCAAACAUCUGAUUACCGUGAAGAGACAUGAAGUUGAACUGAUGAAAAACCGGUACCUUGUGGGUCUUGAAAAGCUGCAGUUCGCAUCUUCACAGGUGUCUGUAAUGCAGAAGGAGCUGACGGACUUGCAGCCAGAGCUCAUUAAAACGUCUGCCGAGACCGACAGGAUGAUGGUAAAAAUUGAAGAUGAAACAGUUGAAGUCGAUGCCAAGAAAGAACUUGUGUCGGGAGAUGAACAAAUAGCGAACGAGGCUGCAGCUGCCGCCAAAGAAAUCAAGGAUGAAUGUGAGGGUGACCUGGCUGAAGCCAUGCCAGCACUGGAGGCUGCUGUAGGAGCGCUGGACACCUUGAAACCUGCUGACAUCACUGUAGUGAAGACCAUGCAAAACCCGCCAGGCCCAAUCAAGCUGGUGAUGGAAAGUAUCUGUGUAAUGAAAGGAGUAAAACCAGAGAGAAAACCAGAUCCAAGUGGCUCAGGCAAAAUGAUUGAAGACUACUGGGGCCCAUCUAAAAAGGUCCUUGGUGACUUGAAGUUCCUUGAAAGCCUAAAGACUUAUGACAAGGAUAAUAUUCCAUCUGCAGUCAUGAAGCGGAUUCGAGAAAAGUUUAUAGAUCAUCCGGAUUUUCAGCCCGCCGUGAUCAAAAAUGUAUCGUCCGCUUGCGAAGGGCUGUGUAAGUGGGUCCGAGCCAUGGAAGUGUAUGAACGGGUAAUCAAGGUGGUCAGCCCAAAACGUGAGCGCCUGAGGUUAGCAGAAGCAGAGCUUGCUAUCCAGAUGGACAAGCUGAACAUUAAACGAGGGGAGCUGAAGGAGGUGGAAGACAAACUGCAGAAGCUAAAUGACGAGUUUGACGUGAUGAAUAGCAAAAAAAAGGACUUAGAAAACAGCAUAGAGCUUUGUUCACAGAAGCUGGUGCGUGCCGAAAAGCUGAUAGGUGGGCUUGGCGGAGAAAAGUCUAGAUGGACUGAAGCUGCCCAUAAUCUCGAACUGAUUUACAGAGACCUAACUGGAGACGUGCUUCUAUCAUCGAGCACCGUAGCCUAUCUGGGAGCGUUCACUGUCGAUUACCGUAUUGAGUGUCAAGACGAGUGGCACAUGUUGUGUAAGGAGAAAAAGAUCCCUUGCUCCGACUUUUUCUCCUUGAAUCACACAUUAGGAGACCCCGUGAAGAUCCGUGCUUGGCAGAUUGCGGGAUUGCCCAUUGACUCUUUCUCCAUUGACAAUGGGAUCAUUACAUCCCAAUCUCGGAGAUGGCCUUUGAUGAUUGAUCCUCAAGGUCAGGCAAACAAGUGGGUCAAAAAUAUGGAGAAAACCAACCGGCUUGGAGUAAUAAAACUCUCUGACAGUAACUAUGUGAGGAUUUUAGAAAACUCUAUUCAGUUUGGCACCCCUGUCUUACUGGAAAAUGUUGGUGAGGAGCUUGAUGCAAUGCUUGAGCCUAUACUACUGAAGCAGACAUUCAAACACCAGGGAGUAGAAUGCAUGCGGUUGGGGGAAAACAUUAUUGAGUACUCGCAUGACUUCAAAUUCUACAUAACCACUCGUUUGAGGAACCCGCACUAUCUCCCUGAGGUGGCAGUAAAAGUUUGCCUCUUGAACUUCAUGAUCACGCCACUGGGUCUCGAGGAUCAACUGCUGGGAAUUGUGGCCGCCAAAGAAAAGCCGGAACUGGAAGAAAAGAAGAAUCUUUUGAUCUUAGAGAGCGCAGCGAACAAAAAGCAACUCAAGGAAAUAGAGGACAAAAUUCUGGAAGUCUUAUCAAUGUCCCAGGGAAAUAUCUUAGAAGACGAAACUGCCAUCAAAGUGUUGUCCUCUUCCAAAUUGCUCUCAGAAGAAAUAUCUGAAAAGCAAAAGAUUGCGACUGCCACAGAGAAAGAAAUAGAUGCCACUCGAUUGGGUUACAAGCCUGUCGCUGUCCACUCAUCUAUUGUCUUCUUUUGCAUCUCCGAAUUAGCUAAUAUUGAACCAAUGUAUCAAUACUCGUUGACUUGGUUCAUUAACUUGUACAUAGUGUCCAUUGCAAACAGUGUGAAAAGUGAAAUCUUGGAAGAAAGGAUUGUGGGCAUCAUAGACCACUUCACAUUGAGCAUCUAUAACAAUGUCUGCCGCUCUCUGUUCGAAAAGGAUAAGCUGCUGUUUUCACUGCUUCUCAAUGUGGGGAUAAUGAAGGGCAAAGGGAACAUUGACGAAGAUUUGUGGCACUUCCUGCUAACUGGUGGCGUGGCUCUUGAUAAUCCACAUCCAAAUCCCGCUCCCGAAUGGCUAUCGGACAAAUCCUGGUCCGAGAUUGUCCGGGCGAGCAACAUGAAAAACCUGAAGGGUUUUAUGGAGCACGUACAGGAAAAUAUACAAAGUUGGAAAGAAAUUUAUGACUCGGCAAAACCUCAUGAAGAGAAUCUGCCAGAUGAGUGGAACUUUUUAACUGGAAUGGACCACUUGGUGGUUCUGAGGUGCUUCAGACCCGACAAGAUUAUCCCAGCGAUGCAAGAUUUCAUUUCUAAUGAAAUGGGCAGUACGUAUAUCGAACCCCCAACAUUUGACCUCGGAGGCAGCUAUGUGGAUUCCCAUUGCUGCGCUCCUUUAAUAUUCAUCCUGUCACCUGGUGCCGAUCCCAUGGCAGGCUUGCUGAAGUUUGCAGAUGAUCUUGGGAUGGGUGGUGGAAACACUCAAACAAUCUCGCUUGGUCAGGGCCAGGGACCUAUUGCAGGAAAAAUGAUCGAGUAUGCUCUUAAAGCGGGAACGUGGGUUGUGUUACAGAAUUGCCAUCUUGCAACGAGUUGGAUGCCUGCUCUGGAGAAAAUCUGCGAGGAAGUAAUAAUCCCAGAAAACACCAAACCUGCCUUCAGGUUGUGGCUGACGAGUUACCCAUCGGAUAAGUUUCCUGUCAGCAUCCUCCAGAACGGAAUAAAGAUGACCAACGAACCUCCGAAGGGUCUCAGGGCGAACAUGCUCCGUUCAUAUCUCAAUGACCCAAUCUCGGACCUUACCUUCUUCAGCAGCUGUGACAAACCAGAAGCCUGGCAAAAGCUUCUCUUCGGGCUUUGUUUCUUUCAUGCUCUCGUCCAAGAGAGGAGGAACUUUGGUGCACUCGGUUGGAAUAUCCCUUAUGAAUUUAAUGAGUCUGAUCUGCGAAUAAGCAUGAGGCAGAUCCAAAUGUUUUUGAAUGAAUAUGAAGAAGUACCACUGGAUGCUUUAAUUUACUUAACAGGUGAAUGUAACUAUGGUGGCAGAGUGACGGAUGAUAAAGACAGAGUCUUGCUUUUGUCCCUUCUAACCAUUAUUUACAACAAAGACAUAAUAGAAGAAGACCUUUAUAAGCUUGCUCCUGGCCCUGAAUACUUUGUCCCGCUUCAUGGUUCUUAUCAGUCCUACAUUGAUCACUUGCGAAACCUACCAGUCAUAUCUCAUCCGGAAGUCUUCGGACUUCAUGAAAAUGCCGACAUCACAAAAGAUAACCAGGAGACAAAUCAGCUGUUUGAGGGAGUUUUACUAACUCUUCCCAGGCAGGCCGGCGGCGCUGGGAAAUCUUCCCAAGACGCUGUUAGAGAUAUUGCUGUAGACAUCUUGUCUAAACUACCAAAUGAUUUCAACUUGGAACUGGUGAUCAAAAAGUAUCCAGUGGUGUAUGAGGAAUCCAUGAACACAGUUCUCAGACAGGAACUUAUUCGAUUUAACAGGCUCACCGAAGUUGCACGCACCAGCCUUCUAAACAUUGGUAAAGCUAUCAAAGGGCUUGUGGUAAUGUCUUCUGAACUGGAGAAUGUGUUUGAGAGUAUGCUGAUGGGGAAGGUUCCAUCAAUGUGGGCAGCCAAGUCCUAUCCAUCACUCAAACCGCUGGGCAGUUAUGUGUCAGACUUACUGCAGAGGUUGCAGAUUUUUCAGGACUGGAUAGACCAUGGACCACCAAAUGUAUUUUGGAUAUCUGGAUUUUACUUCACUCAGUCUUUCUUGACUGGUGUUUCACAGAAUUAUGCAAGAAAAUACACUAUACCUAUUGAUCAUAUUGGAUUUGAAUUUGAGGUCAUGAAAGAAGAAAAUGACAUGAAUGAAAAAGUAAAAGACGGAGCCUAUGUCAAAGGCCUAUUUUUGGAAGGAGCUCGCUGGGAUAGGGAGAACAUGGUUAUUGGAGAGUCGCUUCCAAAAAUUCUGUACGAUAGUUUGCCCAUCAUCUGGCUGAAACCAGGAAAGAGUUCAGAAUUUCUGCAUCAAAACAUAUACUUAUGUCCAGUCUACAAAACCAGUGCUCGCAGAGGUACCUUAUCCACAACUGGCCACUCAACAAAUUAUGUACUUUCAAUAGAGCUUCCAUCAGACAAGCCACAAAGACACUGGGUAAACCGUGGUGUGGCAGUUCUGUGUCAGCUGGAUGAUUAACAACUCUCUGGAGUCACUGAAUUGUGUGUUAAACUUUCAGUAAAUAUUCAAAUAUUACUGACCGUGACUAUAUUGUGAAAACUCACCUUGUUGAGUCUGGAGAGUAAAUAAACCUGAUUUUAUUGAAAAAAAGCAUAUGUUUUUUUCUCUCACUAAUUUACUUAUUAAUAACAGGCCAGUGUGUCAAAGUUAAAUUAUGAUGAAUCUGCACUGGAAAAUAAAAUAUUCAAAAGUAUUAAACCUGAAAUUAUUAUUUGUG